CAAACACCAGUGAGAAUCUACUCUCACAGUCAGUUGCAGAGGUUGGCGAAAGAAUAGCGAUUCAUAUAUAUACAUUUAGAGAGAGAGAAUACCCAGGACGUGCCAAUUUGAUGCGAGCAGGAGAAUCAAAUGGGUACUUUAGAACGCUUUUCAACUGAAGAAGAUGAAAGACCUAGAAAGUUUUCGAAACUUUCAGAUGAUCCUGAGGAGGAGGAUGCUAUGCAGAUUGAUAUGGGUUCUCUUUUAGCUUCCCAAGACCAAGGCAAUGAUCAUCCGAAGCAUGCACCCAAGAAGACGGGAAAGGUGGUGCGUGACCCAAAAUGGCUUGUUAACGAGGAUGUCUCAACCGGUGUUCUCCUUCACCUGUCAAGGUAUGAGUAUGGCUCAAUUGCCUCACUGAACAGGAAUUUCUUGUCUCUGAUUAGAUCAGGAGAACUCUACCGGGUCAGGCGGAAAUUGGGAGUUGUAGAACACUGGGUUUACUUCUCUUGCAACAUCCUUGAAUGGGAGGUGUUUGAUCCAAUCAAUGGCCAUUGGAUGCACUUGCCUAGAAUGCCUUGCAAUCCGUAUGACUGCUUCGUGUUUUCUGAUAAGGAGUCUUUGGCUGUUGGCACAGAACUUCUUGUGUUUGGAAGGGCAAUAGAGGCUUGUAUUGUUUAUGAAUAUAGCCUCUUGACCAACAAAUGGUCACAUGGUAUUCAGAUGAGUGUUCCUAGAUGCUUGUUUGCAUCCGCGAGCCACGGUGAAAAGGCCAUAGUUGCUGGUGGGAGUGCAGAGGGCAAGAUCUUGAGUGUGGCUGAGCUUUAUAACUCAGACACCAAGACAUGGGAGGUUCUUCCAAACAUGAACAAGGCAAGAAAAAUGUGUUCUGGCGUGUUCAUGGAUGGGAAAUUUUAUGCCAUCGGUGGAAUGGGGGAAGAUGGUAAUAGGCUGACAUGUGGUGAGGAGUAUGAUUUGGAUACAAAAGAAUGGCGUGUGAUUCCUAACAUGGUGCCUCCGCGAAUCCAGGGACCAGAUGGCCCUGAGGCACCUCCUUUGGUUGCGGUUGUGAACAAUGUGCUGUAUGCUGCAGAUUAUGCACAGAUGGUGAUGAGGAAGUAUGUGAAAGAGAGGAACAAUUGGGUCUACGUUGGAGGUCUUCCUGAGGGAGCAUCCUCUGUGAAUGGUUGGGGAUAUGCAUUUCGUGCAUGUGGAGAUCGAAUUGUUGUUAUUGGUGGGGAAAGGACUAUGGGUGGUGAAAGUAUGGUUGAAAUCAAUUCUUGGAUCCCUGCUCAAGGUGCACCACAGUGGAACUUGCUUGCCAGAAGGUGCAUUGGUGGGAACUUUGUGUAUAAUUGCGCAGUCAUGGGAUGCUGAUCGAGCUGUGUUUGGUUUUGGUUGAUAGGGAUUUCUGGAUUAAUUUCUUGUGAAAGGGGAUUGAUAGGUUCUGGUUCAUGGGGGUAAAUAUACUUGCCCUCUCUUUUUAGGGUAAUUUCAGGUACUCUUAUUUAAAAUCAUAUAUAGGUGCAGGUCUAGAAGGUUUACAGAAGUCCAGUUGGUGUUAUCUUUAUCUUUAUCUAUCUUUUAUCUUUUAUAGUUGGUCUAAGUCUUUAAUUUCCUUUAAAUUAUCAUUAGAGUCUUUUGUAAUGUUGGCACCAUGUAUUUGAAUGAUUGAGCUCUAGCUUGGUGCAUGUUGCCCAUUUUCACAAGUUCAAUGCAGAAUUGUAAUUGGUCUUUUUAUC